UUGGCUGUGGGGGGAGGAGGCCAUGGGCACCCAGAAACCAGAGGAAUGGGCCAACUUGCUGAUUACGAGGUUCGAGGAUCAGCUGCCAUGUCGUGCUGGGCCACAAACAACGAAUUCCCGAGUGAACGAGGAGAAGAAUCGAAAGUAUUUGAUCCAAAUAUCUAGGCACAGGUUCUCGCUGGUCAUCGGAGGCUUGACGAAGAUAUUGCAGAGGGUCAAUGAGAUGCUCCCUGGUAACAGUGGGCAGAGGCUCUUUCAUUACACUGAGCAGGAGAGGAAUUGUUAUGAGUCGAUUAUCAUCGUUUUGGACACGCUGGAGCAGUGUCUCGCUAAUCAGCCGAAGGAUACUGCUAAUAAGGACGAGACGAUGAAUGUAAAAUUAUUGCUGAGGCAGAUCUGUCAGUUCAUCAACAUAACAAACGACAGUCACCUGCACUCGCACAUAAAGAAUCUAGCGAGCAAAGUGCUGUUCGCCCUCAGCCUGAACUUCUUCUCCGCAGUAUUCAACCGCAUCUCUGACCACCUGCAAGAGCUCUCAGUGUGCAGCGAAGAGAACCCAGACUGCAGUGAUAUAGAACUAAUUCAACAUAUCAACAUCGACAUAGACCGAUUAAUGCAACUGCUAACUGAAACAAUCCAAAAAUUUCGUCUGCUCAAGAAAUCAGCCCAUAUCAUCCUGAUGAACUCCCUGGAGCGUGCCAUCUGGAACUGGAUGGACACGUAUCCCCACGAGUUCUCUGACGUCCAGAAGAGGCCAAACGACAACCUAGCCAAAAUCUGUGGUGAGCUCUUCGAUGUUCUCGACUGUUUUGCGGAGAAUAAGAAGGGUCGAGCAGCAGCUGUGUGGCCCCUCCAAAUAAUGCUACUGAUUCUCUCCCCGAAGGUCCUAGAGGAGAUUGUCAAUGCAGAUACAGGUGCCCCGUGCUCGCCAAAGCACUCAAAAAAGAAGCAGUUCAUCGAUGGUGUGAAACGAGGCCUAGUGAUGCACGGCUCCAGUCGCCAAUUAACCGAAGCAGCAGCUGUCACCUGCGUCAAACUCUGCAAGGCCUCCACCUACAUCAGCAACCUAGACUCCAGCAACGUCAUCUUCACCCUCGUCCAGCACGUGAUGAGUGACCUGACAGGUCUCCUCUUCAACCCCAAUAAACCAUUCUCUAAAGGGGGCAGCUCUCUCUCUCAGGACAUCGACCUGAUGAUCGACUGUUUCGUCAGUUGCUUCAGGAUAAAACCCCACAACGACGAGAUUCUCAAGAUCUGCCUGAACCUCAAUUCCCCGUCGAUCUAUCAGUUCAUCCUCGUGAGCUCGUUGUACAGGAUUGUCACACAGCCUAGGUUACCCUGGUGGCCUCAGAUCGAUCUCAUUUACUCUAGAAGUCCAGAGCUGAGGAAUAUGUUCACUGAUACGCUGAACAAAGUCACCCAGAGCUACAUAUCUCACACCCCUUUGAAGAUGAUUCAGAGCUUUACGAUGAAGGGGAAGGAGCAGGGGAAGUACAAGGACAGGGGGGAGGAGAUCACUAGUCACAAGAAUCUACUGCUCUGGAUGGUAAGGCUCAUUCAUACCGACCCCAUGCUGAUGCUGUACAAUCACGGAAAGGCUGGGCAUGAAAUCCAGAGUUCAACUCUCGAGUUGAUCAACGGACUCGUGUCUCUGGUGCAUCAGCCAACGAUGCUCGAUAUUGCUAAUGAAGCUAUGGAGGCACUUCUGGUUCUCCAUCAUCCUGAUAAGAUCAAGGCGUGGAACCCGGAGGCACCCAUCAAGACCUUCUGGGACGUAAGCUCGCAGGUCCUUUUCUCGAUAUCUCAGAAGCUCAUUCAGCAUCAGAUCGUCAAUUACACGGAUAUCCUCAAGUGGCUGAGGGAAAUCUUGGUCCGGCGGAAUGCUUUUCUCUCUGAGAAUAAGGAUUAUGCGAAUGUGGGGAGUCAGAUCGCCAUCUGCAAGCAGGCGCAUAUCAAGUUGGAGGUGGUUUUUUUCAUGUAUCUCUGGAGUAUCGAUAUGGAGGCUGUGUUGGUCGCUCUUUCGUGUUUUUCGUUGAUCUGUGAGGAGGCCGAGAUACGGUGUGGAAGUGAUGAGGUCGCUGUCACUUGUCUUCUGCCUAAUUAUCAUUUGUAUAUUGAACUCGCGCAGACGUCGUCGACGCUUACCACUGCUAGUGGAGAAAGUAGGAUAUGUUAUCAUGAACAUAAUCAAGGUCGCGCAGCCCUCCAGAAGCGGAUAAUGGCGCUCCUCCGAAAGAUCGAGCACUGCGUGAACGGUGUCCAGCCGGCCUGGGAGGAGACCUUCCGCAACUGGGAGUUCACGUGUCGCCAGUUGACCAACUACCCCAAGAACAAAACCGAAGACGGCCAAGUGGAGUCCUUCCACCGCAGCACAAGCAAACGCCGGGCGUCCCACCAGAACUCGGAGCACGAGCUGGAGGAGCAGAUCAACGAAUGGGCGAACAUGACAGGCUUCCUCUGCGCCCUGGGUGGCGUCUGCCUGCAGCGAAAGUCCCCGAACCGUCCCAUGUCCUCGGGCAUCCUGCCGACCCCUGAACCCAAGAAGCCCCUGACAAAGUCCCAAGAGGUCUGCCUGGCCAACCCCAGCCAAGAAGUCCAAUACUGUCCAGUGACGCAGUUUGUCUUCAACCUCCUGCGCCUCCUGAUCUGCAACAACGAGAAAUUCGGCGCCCAAAUCCAGAAGCACGUGAAGGAGCUGGUGGGCCAGGAGAUGAGCCCAGCGCUGUACCCCAUCCUCUUCGACCAGAUAAAAAGCAUAGUCGAGAAGUUCUUCGACCAGCAGGGCCAGGUGAUCGUGAACGACCUGAACACCCAAUUCAUCGAGCACACGAUUUUCAUAAUGCGAAACGUCCUGGAGUCGAAGUCCGACCAGCCCUCGGAGUACCUGGGGAUGACGAGCAUCGAGGGAAUGACCUUAGCAAUAGUGAGAUACGUUCGUCACCUGGACACGACAGUCUACGCAAUCCACAUAAAGACGAAGCUCUGUCAGCUUGUGGAGGCCAUGAUGAAGCGAAGGGACGACUUGGCCUUCAGACAGGAGAUGAAAUUCCGAAACAAACUGGUGGAGUACCUGACCGACUGGAUAAUGGACACAACCCACCAUAUAGGGUCUCCCCCAAACUCAGCAGACAUGACAACGAUCACUCGAGACCUCGAGCAGGCCUGCAUGGAGGCAGUGGGUUCCCUCCUUCGAGGGCUGCCGCUGCAGCCGGAGGAGUCAGACAGGGGUGACCUCAUGGAGGCCAAAUCCCAGCUGUUCCUCAAGUACUUCAGCCUGUUCAUGAACUCGUUGAACGACUGCAACGACGCUGCCAACGAGGAGAAGGAAGUCGUCUCGAGGCAGAGGCUGACCAGCGAUAAGCUCUCGAGCCUUCGAAACGCGACCAUUCAAGCCAUGUCCAAUCUCCUGAGUGCCAACAUAGACAGUGGACUGAUGCACUCCAUCGACCUGGGGUACAACAGGGACCUUCAGACGAGGGCGGCCUUCAUGGAGGUGCUGACAAAGAUCCUGCAGCAGGGGACUGAGUUCGAUACUCUAGCUGAGACAGUCCUGGCGGACAGGUUCGAGCAGCUGGUGCAGCUGGUAACAAUGAUCAGUGACAAGGGUGAGCUGCCCAUAGCAAUGGCCCUUGCCAACGUGAUAACUUCGAACCAGAUGGACGAGCUGGCGAGGGUAUUCGUCACCCUCUUCGACGCCAAACACCUCCUCUCCCCUCUGCUAUGGAACAUGUUCUAUCGCGAGGUCGAAGUCUCCGACUGCAUGCAGACCCUCUUCAGGGGGAACAGUUUGGGCUCCAAGAUAAUGGCAUUCUGCUUCAAAAUCUACGGCGCCAGCUACCUCCAGAGCCUCCUGGAGCCCCUGAUAACACCGUUAAUAGAGGACUCGUCGACGAAUUUUGAGGUGGAUAGUGCGAGGAUCGAUGUGAACGAGAAUAUCGAGCAGAAUGGACGAAACCUGAUAGCACUCACCCAAAAAGUCUUCGACGCCAUUGUCUCCUCGGCCGACAGAUUCCCCCCACAGCUGCGCUCCAUGUGCCACUGUCUCUACCAAGUGCUGUCCAAGAGGUUCCCCCAGUGUCCCCAGAACAACAUAGGAGCAGUGGGAACAGUGAUUUUUCUCAGAUUCAUCAAUCCAGCUAUAGUCUCCCCCCAGGAGAUGGGGAUUGUCAACAAACCAGUGCCUGUCCAGGUGAAACGAGGGCUCAUGCUCAUGUCCAAGAUCCUCCAGAACAUCGCCAAUCAUGUGGAGUUCAGCAAGGAACAGCACAUGCUGCCAUUCAACGAUUUUCUUCGUCUCCACUUCGAGAUCGGUCGACGAUUCUUCAUUCAGAUAGCCUCAGACUGCGAAACUGUGGACCAAACCAAUCACCCAAUGUCCUUUGUGUCCGAUGCAAAUGUCCUGGCACUUCACAGAUUACUCUGGAAUCAUCAGGAGAGGAUUGGAGACUACCUCAGCAGCUCACGAGAUCACAAAGCUGUUGGACGAAGACCUUUCGACAAAAUGGCAACACUACUGGCUUACCUCGGACCCCCUGAGCACAAACCCGUUGACUCUCACCUCCUCUUCUCCUACGCAAGAUGGUCCAGCAUCGACAUGUCCUCCACAAACUUCGAGGAGAUCAUGGUCAAGCACAACAUGCACGAGAAGGAGGAGUUCAAGAGCAUCAAGAGUCUCAAUCUCUUCUACCAAGCUGGCACCUCUCGCCAGGGGAAUCCGGUCUUCUACUACAUCGCCCGCAGGUACAAGAUCGGUGAGACCAACGGUGAUCUGUUGAUCUACCACGUAAUGCUGACGCUGAAACCCUUCUGUCACGCCCCCUUCGAGCUCGUCGUCGACUUCACCCACACGUGCUCGGACAAUCGCUUCAGAACGGAGUUCCUGCAGAAGUGGUUUUACGUUCUCCCCGAGGUGGCCUACGCCAACAUCCACGCAGCCUACAUCUACAAUUGCAACAACUGGGUGAGGGAGUACACGAAGUACCACGACAGGAUCCUGGCCCCCCUGAAGGGCAAUCGAAAGGUCGUCUUCAUAGACUCACCAGCGAGGCUCAACGAGGUGAUCGAGCCAGAGCAGCAGAAGCUCCCAGGGGCCACCCUCACCCUCGACGAAGAUCUCAAGGUCUUCACCAGUGCUCUGAAGCUGUCCCACAAGGACACCAAAGUCUCCGUCAAGGUCGGCCCCUCAGCGAUCCAGAUAACAGCCUCAGAGAGGACCAAAGUCCUGUCUCACCAGGUACUCCUCAACGACGUUUACUACGCCUCUGAGAUCGAGGAAGUCUGCCUCGUCGACGACAAUCAGUUCACGCUGACCAUCUCCAACGAGGCAGGGCCGCUCUCGUUCAUUCACAACGAGUGCGAAAACAUUGUCCAGGCUGUUAUCCACAUCAGAAACCGGUGGGAGCUGUCCCAGCCGGACUCCAUGUCAGUGCACACCAAGAUCCGGCCUAAAGACGUGCCUGGCACCCUCCUCAACAUGGCACUACUGAACCUGGGGAGCUCAGACCCCAAUCUCAGGACAGCUGCGUACAACCAGCUGUGCGCACUGACAGCCACCUUCGACCUCAAGAUCGAGGGACAACUCCUGGAGACCUCUGGCCUAUGCAUUCCAUCCAACAACACUAUUUUCAUUAAACACUUGAGUGAGACUCUGGCUGCCAACGAUCCACACCUCACCCUGGAGUUCCUCGAGGAGUGCAUGCGGGGCUUCAAGGUCUCCACGAUCGAGCUCAAACACCUCUGCUUGGAGUACAUGACCCCGUGGCUGAAGAAUCUCGUGAGAUUCCACAAGCCCAACGACGAGGGGGGUAAGAGGCAGCGACAGGUCACGCAGAUCCUCGAGAAGCUCAUCAUCCUGACCAUUGAGGAGGUGGAGAUGUAUCCCAGCAUUCAAGCCAAGAUCUGGAGCACCAUCGGUCGUCUUCCAGAGCUCAUCGACACUGUUCUCGAUAAUUUCAUUCAGAAGAGUGUGGGGUAUGGCCUGGGCUCGCCAAUGGUGGAGAUAAUGGCGGACACAGCAGUGGCUCUGGCCUCUGGAAAUGUCCAGCUCGUCGCCAAGAAGAUCAUUGGGAGGCUCUGCAGGGUUGUCGAUGCAACCUGCACCUCACCGACUCCUCUGCUCGAGCAGCACAUGAAGUGGGAUGACAUCGCGAUACUAGCGCGGUAUCUCUUGAUGCUGUCCUUCAACAAUUGUCUGGAUGUUGGGAAGCACCUGCCUUAUCUCUUUCACACUGUCACCUUCCUCGUUUGCUCUGGGAGCUUGUCCAUGAGGGCGUCCACUCAUGGGCUUGUGAUUAAUAUCAUUCACUCGUUGUGCACCUGCAAUUCUCCCUCGUUCUCGGAGGACACCUACAGGGUCUUGAGGAUGAGCCUCGAUGAGUUCUCGUUACCAAAAUUUUAUCUCUUGUUUGGCAUCAGCAAGGUCAAGUCUGCUGCUGUGACUGCGUUCAGGUCCAGCUGCAGGCACUCCAGUGAUAAGUGGUUCGCCAAUGAAAGAACCACGUGUGGGGGACUGGAUCGGGAGAGGCUGGCGCUGACAAGCCUGGAGGUCAUCACUGAUGCUCUGCUGGAGAUCAUGGAGGCGUGCAUGAGGGACAUCCCCAGGUGCGACUGGCUCAGGACUUGGACGUCUCUAGCCAAGAGCUUUGCGUUUUGCUUUAAUCCGGCCCUUCAGCCUCGAGCGCUUAUCGUGUUUGGGUGCAUAUCCAAGAGCAUUACUGAUCAGGAGAUCAAGCAGCUGCUGAGGAUUCUAGUCAAGGCUCUCGAGAGCUUCAACGAUAUUACUUUGCUGGAGGCCAUCAUCAUGUGUCUGACGAGGCUGCAGCCCUUGCUGAGGCCGGAGUCUCCUAUUCACAGGUACCUCUUCUGGGUGGCUAAUUCAAUUCUGCAGCUGGAUGAGGCGCCUCUUUAUGCCUCUGGCCUGGCCCUCCUCGAACAGAAUCUCCACACCUUGGACUCACAGGGAAUUUUCGAUGAUAAGAGUCUGGAGAAGGUGAUGAUGUCCACUAGGGAGCCUCUGGAGUGGCAUUUCAAGCAGCUGGAUCACGCUGUGGGGCUGUCUUUCAAAUCCAAUUUUCAUUUUGCACUUGUGGGACACUUGCUCAAGGGCUACAGACAUCCCACACCCACCACUGUCACCAGGACUGCAAGGGUGCUGACGAUGCUCCUUGCUAUCGUGGCGAAGCCCUUCAUGAGGGAUAAAUUCGAGGUCACGCCGGAGAGUGUGGCUUAUCUCGCUGCUCUGGUGCAUGUGAGUGAGGAAGUCAGGAGCAGGUGUCAUGUGAGGCACUCGUUGGGGAGAAAUGUCACAGAGUCCAACUCGAGUGAUUUUCUGGAUGUGCUGGUGGCGAAUGGACCUGAUGUCAAUCCUAUGAACAAUCUCACGAGUAGAAAGCAGAAGUCUUGGGAUCUGCUGGAUCAGAAUGCCAUCAGUCAGGCCAGACUGCAGAAGCCGCAAACUUCUCAUCAGAGUGGGAGGACUUUGUUCAAGACGCAGAGGUCGUUCUCGGUGCCCACUACCAAGGAGGCGAAGGCUAUCGAUGAGGGCGAGGCGAAGAAUCGAAGCAUGAGAGUCAGUGUCAGCAACGAGAAUAAUGUCCUUUUGGAUCCAGAGGUGCUCACUGAUUUUUCAACGCAAACGCUUGUUCUCACGAUCCUAGCGACUUUGGUGAAGUACUCCACUGAUGAGAAUGAGACGAGAAUACUUUACGAAUACCUUGCAGAGGCCUCUGUCGUGUUUUCGAAAGUCUUCCCAGUCAUCAAUAAUUUGCUAGAUGCAAAAAUCACCAGUGUUCUGUCAUCCUGCCACGAUCAAGUGAUCGUAAGUGCAGUUCAGGCCAUAAUCCAGAACAUGAUAGCUUGUGAUGAUACGGGUCAACAGCUCCACUACCUCCAGAGUUGUGGAUUUGGAGGUCUCUGGAGGUUUGCAGGGCCCUUCGCCAAGUGCAAUCGCACAGCUGAGAGCGCUGAGUUAUUCGUUAAUUGUCUCGAGGCCAUGGUGGAGACGUGUCUGCCCACUGAGGAGAAUGAAAUUCUCAACAGUGAGUCGUCGAUUGAGAGUGAGAGGAAGAAUGAUAAUGUACAAAUGCAGGGGAAGAAUGCUCCAUUGAGAGGACGAAAUCAUUCUCAGGAAAUUAGUUCAAAAGAAGCUUCGUCUUCUGGACCAAGAGAAUUUCAUGUCGAUAAUAAAAGGGAAUCAACGGUUUCUACCCACGUGAACAACAUCUCUAAUUCAUAGCGUUUAUUGCAAAACUCUCGACACUUUGAGGCUGGCUACAGCCGGGUGAACAGACUCCAUGACACCAAGGAACCCCGGUCAUUCAGGUGAUGAUGGACAAACCAAUGACAGCAUUUAUGUAUCGUUUAUAGGAAGGGUGUGAAGCUUUAAAUUGAAUUGUUUUUAAUUUUAGGGGAAUUAUUAGUUAUUUUAGGAGGGAAGUGGUAGAUCGAGAUGAGCCAAUUUCAAUUAUUUCAAUUAUUCAAUUAUUUGCGUAAAAAAAGGCGUGAAGAAAAUUUGGAUAUUUUCUUUGCAUUCAGAGAUAUUUAUGGUAAUGAAAAAUCUCGAAUUUAUUGAGUUAUAGACUUAUAAUUGAAUUUAUAGACUCUCUUUUUUGUUAAAGAUUUGGAUCUGAAGGGAAAUAGGGAUUUUUUGUGUAUAUUAUUCCUCUUAUGGAGCUUUCAUUUCACUCCAGGAAAAUUGAAUUAUUUCUCCUAUAUUCGUAAACACUCAUGAGAGAAUCUGAAUAAUUGAAUCUUUAUUCAAUGACUCCAGAAGUGAACUGAAAAAAUUCUUAAAGGGAGAUCGCACUGAAAUUUCACAAUCGAAGAGACCUUUCACAUAUGGAAAAAUUCAAUAGAAACCUCAGUGAAUUCGCUAGAAAAUUCUAUCGGAAUUCUCUCAACAUUCGAUUGGGAGACAAUUUUUUCAACUUUUUACGAAAAACUAUUUUGUUGAAUAUCUCCCAAAUUGCUGGUUCAAUUA